AUGCCUCUUUCGUCACACAUUGUUCCAAAGCUCAAAGACCCCUCACUGUUCCAUGAGGCAGCCUUCAUAAACGGCCAAUUCGUCAAAGCUAAAGACGGAAAAACAUUUGAUGAUUCUAUCAAUAUUGCUCGAGAUGCCCUCAAGUCUUUCCGAAAGACACUCCCCCGGGAGAGGGCUAGAAUGCUGAGAAAAUGGUACGAGCUCAUCAUGGAAAAUCAGGAGGAUUUGGCUACUCUCAUUACCCGGGAGAACGGAAAGCCACUGGCAGAUGCCAGGAGUGAAGUUGCAUAUGCAGCGGCUUUCUUUGAAUGGUUCUCCGAAGAGGCGCCAAGGAUAUAUGGAGAUAGUAUUCCUGCCUCUGUUAGAGGCAACAGGGUUGUUACCGUCAAACAACCUGUUGGUGUUUGUGGGUUGAUUACUCCGUGGAACUUCCCGGCGGCUAUGAUCACUCGGAAAAUUGGACCGGCCCUGGCUGCAGGAUGUACAGUCGUCGCAAAAGCUCCUGGAGAAACCCCAUUGACAUCCCUUGCCAUAGCAGAAUUGGCAAGCCGUGCCGGUAUUCCCAAAGGUGUUGUAAACAUAGUGACGGCCCUCAAAAAUACCCCCGAAAUUGGUAGAGAGCUCUGCACCAACCCUAUCAUCAAAAAGGUAUCCUUCACCGGCUCCACAAGUGUCGGAAAACUUCUUAUGCAGCAAUGCUCUUCUACUUUAAAGAAAUUGUCCCUCGAGCUUGGAGGCAACGCCCCCUUCAUUGUAUUUGACGACGCGGAUCUCGACAAGGCAGUUGCUGGUGCCAUCAUAAGUAAAUUCAGAUCAUCCGGGCAGACUUGUGUUUGCACCAACAGAAUAUAUGUCCAAGACGCAGUCUACAGUGAAUUUCAACGAGAGAGCUUUAAGUUCCAAACCCACGUCGAAGAUGCUCUAAAGAAGGGAGCUACCGUACUCACCGGUGGGAAGGGUUUGGGCCACCUUGGGCCCAACUUCUAUGAGCCUACGGUCAUCACAAAUAUGACUAGUGACAUGAGGAUUCACCGAGAGGAGACCUUUGGUCCUGUUGCGGCCCUAUUUAGGUUCAAGUCGGAGAAGGAAGUGGUCAACCUGGCAAAUGAGGCCGAGGUUGGUUUGGCGGGAUACUUCUUUAGUAGUGAUAUUGCUAGGAUUUGGAGGGUUGCAGAGGCUCUCGAAGUGGGCAUGGUGGGUGUCAACACUGGCCUAAUCUCUGAUGCUGCAUCACCUUUCGGAGGAGUGAAAGAGAGUGGCUUCGGGAGAGAGGGCAGCAAAUACGGCAUUGAUGAAUACACGAUCAUCAAGUCGAUUACUUUUGGUGGUGUUGAUGAUUUGCAGGAAUGA